AUGACGCUCAAAGAGGAGUUCCAAACGAGAAACUUCAGCAUCUACGGACAAUGGCUGGGCAUCUUGUCCAUGAUCAUCUGCCUGGCAACGGGCAUCUCGACCAUCUUUACCUUUCACAUCGGCCUCAUCAUCUUCUGCGCUUUUGCCAUCGCAUUCGCCUUCUUGAUCCUCUUCAUCGAAGUGCCUCUGCUCCUCCGCAUCUGCCCGACCUCGGCCAAGUUUGACGAGUUCGUCCGCAAGAUCUCGACCAACUACAUGCGCGCGGCCGCCUACGGCAUCAUGUGCGCCGUCAUGUUCGUCAGCAUCGCCCUCGGCCGCAGCGCCCUCAUCGCCGCGGGUGUCUUCCUCGCGCUCACCGCCAUCUGCUACCUGCUGGCUGGCAUCAAGGGCCAGGCCUUUGUCGGCAGCAAGACGCUCGGCGGCCAGGGUGUCGCGCAAAUGAUUGUCUAA